CAUGAGGUAGCCGGAAACAGGAAUAAGGAGAGCAGUGAAAGCAAGAAACAAAAUGGGGAGCAGGGAGGAAAAGAUGGGACGGAACAAUGGCGAAGGAAAAAGAAGAGGCUAGAGAGCGAAGGCAAAAAGAAGCAAGAGAAAGAGCAUGAAAUAGGGACAGGGAAAAAAAAGGCGAGAGAAAUGAAGAAGAUAGGGUAG